GCGCAAGCGCAGUAAGAAAAAGAAUGCGGACCUACAAGCUGACACAAAUUUAAAUAGUUUGAUAGCUCGCAUGUAAGGAAAAUGUCGAAAACACCCCUGCAGUCCAAUUCAUCUGUUGGUUCUGCAACCGCCGUCGGAGUUUCGUCCUCCUCUUCCUCUUCCCCAGCAGGUGGCUCGACGUCUCCCGCUAACGUGCUGCACGUACAGCCUGAGAAACCACAACAUUACACAUACCUGAAAGAGUUCAGGACAGAGCAGUGUCCCCUGUUUGUGCAGCACAAAUGCACUCAGCACCGGCCCUUUGCCUGUUUCCACUGGCACUUCCUCAACCAGCGCCGCCGCCGACCCAUCCGCCGGCGCGACGGCACCUUCAACUACAGCCCAGAUGUGUACUGCACCAAAUACGACGAGGGGACGGGCAACUGCCCUGAUGGAGAUGAGUGUCCGUUCCUGCACCGGACCGCAGGGGACACGGAGCGGCGCUACCACCUGCGUUACUAUAAGACGGGCUCCUGCAUCCACGAGACGGACGCCAAGGGCCACUGCAGUAAGAACGGCCCCCACUGUGCCUUCGCUCACGGAUCACAUGACCUGCGCAGCCCCGUCUAUGACAUCCGGGAGAUGCAGGUGCUGGAGGCCCAGGCUGGGUCGGGCUGUGCUGAGGGUGGUGUGGGUGAGGUCCAGUCAGGCCUGGCGGCCAGCACCGCCCUCAUAGAGAAGAUACUCAGUGAGGAACCGCGCUGGCAAGACAACAGCUACGUCUUGUCCCACUAUAAAACGGAACUGUGCAAGAAACCACCGCGGCUCUGUCGCCAAGGAUACGCCUGCCCGUACUACCACAACAGCAAAGACCGCCGCCGUAGCCCACACAAGCACAAAUACAGAGCUCUGCCGUGUCCUGCGGUCAAACACAGCGAUGAGUGGGGAGACCCCAGCAAGUGUGAGAGUGCCGAGGCCUGCCAGUACUGCCACACGCGCACCGAGCAGCAGUUUCACCCGGAGAUCUAUAAGUCCACCAAGUGUAAUGAUAUGCAACAGUGUGGCAGCUGCCCUAGAGGACCAUUCUGUGCCUUUGCCCAUGUGGAGAAGCCCCCCGUCAGUGAGAUUGCCCCUCUGCCCACGCCCACCUCACCCCUGCCCCACGUGGGGGCUAGUGGAGCCUUGGGGGAAGACUUCGGCGCAGUGGUGGCGGAGCAGGGGCUUCUGGGUAGGGUGCUGUGUGAGGAGGCCCUGCCCCUGGACGCCCCCAUCUCCCCCUGGGCGGGCGAGGGCGGGUACGGCAGGGCGCCAGGCUUCGAGAGGGAAGAUCAGGCCAAACACAAGGGCUUUUUAAUGGACCGCCACAAGGACAUGGGCCGCCAGCACAGCAAACAGGACCUGCAGGUGUUCCUGCCGGUGGGGAGCCCCCUCAGCUUCUCCUCCAGUGUGCCCUCCAGCCUGGCGGCCACGCCCCCGAGCCCCGCUCCUCUAGGCCCCUCCCCUGGCAUGAACGCCAACGCCCUGCCCUUCUACCCCCCCAGCGAGACCGUGGAGUCCGUCGUGGAGUCGGCGCUGGAUGAUCUGGACCUGAAUGACUUUGGCGUAUCGGCGCUGGAGAAGAGUCUAGAAGGCAGCUCCGCCCUCCCCAGCAUGGGCAUCAUGAUGGGUGGGAGUCAGCUCCAGAGCUCCGCCCCCGUCAACAUCCCAGGAUCCUUCAGUAGCUCCACCCCUUUCAUAUCUCCCUCGCCAUCUCCACCAGUCAGAGCUCACCAUUCCCCAUUCCUGUCCCACCUCCCCCAGCCUGGCCAAUCAGAGAGCAGUUUCCUCAGCGGCCCAUCCCACAGUUCACUGGGCCUGAACGGCAUGAGCGGGAGCAUCUGGGAGCACUUCCCUGCGUGCCAGGGCUCUCCGGGGACGCCCCCGGCGCUGCUGACAGGGGGGGGCAUGUACCCCGAGGGGGGGGGCAUGUACCCCGAGGCUGCCAGGCUCAAGCAGGAGGUGGAGGAGGCCAACCGGGUGCUGAAGCAGUGGGACCAAAGCUGGAGACAGAUGGCACAGGCCCACCAUGAACGCAAGCAACAGGACCAGAGCUGGCGACAUGUUGCGCAGUCGUGGGCGGUGAUGAAGGCGGAUGCGGAGGAGGCGCGGGCGAUGGCGAGCCGUCUGGCGUCGGAGGCGGAGCGAGCGCGUCAGGAGCAAGACGAGGCGCAGCGGCAGGCCUCCGUCCUGCAGGAGGCGCUGGAGAGCAUGCGCUCGGCAGAGAACCCCCACCUUCAGCUCCACCAGAUGCAGCUGCCGCAGCGGCUCCCCCUACAGGCCGUCUGCAGUCUGCAGUCGCAAGUGUGCUCCUGUCUGCAAAGCGUGGAUCAGGUGGUGUACCGGAAGCAGCGGGUGUUCUGUGUGUCGUGCGGGGAGGCGGGCACCGUGUCUCUGCCCUGUCAGCACGGCCUCCACUGUGACUCCUGCGCCAGCUCCAGAGAGUGUCCCUUAUGUGCAGAACAACAACAACAACAACAACAACAACAACAACAACAACACCAGCAGCAGCAGCAGCAGCAGAACAAGGGCCUGCCACCCUGA